AUGGGUCGUAAACGUUCUAGAAAGAAGCCUAGACGUAAAAACAAAGUCUACGAUACACCCAAGAAGGCCAAAGUUCAAGGCGCAGGCAUUCCUGAGGAUCCACGCAAUGUAUUCGAAUUCUUUGAUGUGGAGCAACGACCUGGUUACAAAAUGAUCGAAUCUGAUGCUCCGUCACGUACAUUCCAUAAUCAAGGCCAUAAUGAGACUCGGGGUCGGAAGCAUAAGAUGACUGGGGCCCAAGUUGCUCAGGUAAGUCAAUUGUUAGAGGAUACGGACUUGGGAAUGAAGGCCAAAGGCAUGAAUUGGUAUGCCAUAAUUUGGGAGCUGGAUCUUGAUAUCAAGAGCCCAAAGACCGUUCGGGAUACGAUGUGUGACGCUUUUGACUACGGCAAAUACAAGACUACUCUGAAGCAAUUCAUGGAUCAAAGAACUUAA